GCUUUUGAAACUGAUGGUGGAGCAAGUCUGAACACUGAACUUUCUGUAGGUGAGUCAAGUGAUCCAGACCUCAGAUCGACGAGUAGUGGCCUCCGAGCAGACUCGUCUCCUACCUCUGCUGGGCCUACAGACGCACAAACCCUGGCGAUGAUGAUUCAAGAUCAACUGGAUGCUAUCAAUAACGAAAUCAAAUUGAUACAGGACUAA